AUGGAUAACAAAUUUAUAUACAAAACCGGCGAACAAGGAAUAAAAUAUGUUCCAAAAUACGAUUUACAUGGUUGUAGUAAAAAGCAAGCAUAUAAAGAAGUAAAUAAUGUAAUUUUAAAAUGUUCUGAACUCGAAAUAAGUUCAGUAAAUUUCAUUACUGGUAAAGGAAAUCAUCAAAAUAUAAAUGGAGAACGAGCAGUACUCUUCAAAACUUUUCCAGAAUGGUUAAACGACCCAAAGUUAUCAAGCUUGAUUAAAGAUUGCGUUCGUGGAGAUGGAUCUUACAAAGUUUAUCUUAAAAUUGAGGAAAAUAAAACUAUUAAAAACGCUAAGAAAAAUAAGAACAACGUUAAGAAAAUUGAAGAAAAUAAGAAGGAUGUUAAGGAAAUUAAGAAGAAUGUUAAAGUAAUCAAAGAAAACAAGAAAGUUGUUAAGGAAAUUAAUGAUGUUAAAGAAAUCAAGGAAAAUAAGAAGGAUGUUAAGGAAAUUAAGAAGAAUGUUAAAGUAAUCAAAGAAAACAAGAAAGUUGUUAAAGAAAUCAAGGAAAAUAAGAAGGAUGUUAAGGAAAUUAAGAAGAAUGUUAAAGUAAUCAAAGAAAACAAGAAAGUUGUUAAAGAAAUCAAGGAAAAUAAGAAGGAUGUUAAGGAAAUUAAAGGAAAUAAGAAGGAUGUCAAGGAAAAUAAGAAGGGUGUUAAGGAAAUUAAAGAAAUUAAGAAAGUUGUACAAGAAAUCAAGGAAAAUAAGGAUAAGAAGAAAGUUAAGAAAAAUAAGAAAAAGAAGAAUGCUAAGAAUGUGGUGAAGGCGGAGAUUAUGGAAAAGAAAUUUGUUGAAACGAAUGAUUUUGUUACGGAAAUUAAGACCGAACCGAAAACGAAAAUAUUUACAAAAGUAUUACGACGACUUUCUGCGUUAUUUCAAUCAUUUCGUUCCAAACAAUUUUCUUCUCCUUUACCACCUCCUAACCAUUUUUCUUCAAGUUCGCUUAUACAAGAACAUUUUUCUUCUCCUUCACCACCUCCUUCACCACCUCCUACGCUUCCUCUUGUCGCUUCAAACAAUAAUGAAACUUCAACAAUAAAACCAGUAAAAAGUCCACAUUUUUCACAAUAUUAUUUUAAUACUUAUAAAGUUGUUAAAGAUUUAGAAGUACAAGGUUUCACUAGAGGUCAAGCCGAAUCUAUUAUGAGAGGCAUGGAAGCUAAAUUAAUUAAUAGUUCAGAAAAUUCUCUGACACAAAGAGAAGUUACAUCACUCGAUCAAAAAUUACAUGAUGAUAUUGGUAAAAUGAAACAUCUAAUACAAUUAGAUAUAAAUGAUUAUAAAGCUGAUAUAAGAGAAGAACAAAAAAAAUUGGAAAUCAAGAUUCAAGAAAUUAAUAACAAAUUUACUAUUACUUAUGGAGAUAUACGUACUGACGUUGAAGCAUUAAAAUGGGAAAUUACAAGGAUGGCAUUAAUGGGAAUCUUUGGAUCAACAGUUUUUGCUCUUGGUGUGAUGUUUUUUAUUUCCUAUAAAAAGUCAAAGGAAAUUUCAACCAAGGAUUCGAUAAAAAAUACUAAAGCUAAUAAUGGAUCAACUACAAAUGAAAUAUUAUUAAAUUAUUAA